GCCCCCGACCCCGCCCCAGGCCCCCGACCCCGCCCCUCCCGGUGGCUGCGGUAGCCGCUGCGCGCUGAAGCGCCUGCUCAGUGUGGGACACGGAGCGCGAGGGGCGGCGGCGGCCGCUGGCGCUCAAGCAUGGCGGCGGCGGCGCUGGGCAACUCCUCAGGCUCGGCGUCCCCGGCCGUGGCCGAGCUCUGCCAGAACACCCCGGAGACCUUUCUGGAGGCCUCCAAGCUGCUGCUCACCUAUGCUGACAACAUCCUCAGAAACCCUAAUGAUGAAAAAUAUAGAUCUAUCCGGAUUGGAAACACAGCUUUUUCUACUAGACUCUUGCCUGUCAGAGGAGCUGUUGAAUGUUUAUUUGAAAUGGGCUUUGAAGAGGGAGAAACACAUCUCAUCUUUCCUAAAAAAGCUUCAGUGGAGCAGCUGCAAAAAAUUCGUGACCUGAUUGCCAUAGAGAGAAGUAGCAGAUUGGAUGGCUCAAAUAAGAGCCACAAAGUAGAGUCAUCUCAGCAACCUGCAGCCAGUACCCAGCUUCCUACAACACCGUCUUCAAAUCCCAGUGGGUUAAACCAGCACACAAGGAACCGUCAAGGGCAGUCACCAGAUCCACCAUCUGCUUCGACGGUUACUCCUGAUUCAGCCAUUCUAGGAGUUCUUCAGUCCAACAUUCAGCAUGUGCUGGUCUAUGAAAAUCCUGCUCUUCAGGAGAAAGCGUUGGCUUGUAUUCCAGUCCAAGAACUAAAAAGGAAAUCACAAGAAAAGUUAUCAAGAGUUAGAAAAUUGGAUAAAGGUACUAAUGUAAGUGAUGAGGAUUUUCUUUUGCUGGAGCUUUUGCACUGGUUUAAGGAAGAAUUUUUUCACUGGGUGAAUAACAUUUUGUGCAGCAAAUGUGGUGGACAGACUAGGUCUAGAGAUAGAUCAUUACUACCCAAUGACGAUGAGCUGAAGUGGGGCGCAAAGAAAGUGGAAGAUCAUUACUGUGAUGCCUGCCAGUUCAGCAAUCGAUUCCCAAGAUAUAAUAACCCUGAGAAACUUUUGGAAACAAGAUGUGGACGGUGUGGCGAGUGGGCCAAUUGUUUUACACUGUGCUGUCGAGCUUUAGGAUUUGAAGCUCGCUAUGUUUGGGAUUACACAGACCAUGUCUGGACAGAAGUCUAUUCUCCUUCUCAGCAGCGGUGGCUACACUGUGAUGCAUGUGAAGAUGUCUGUGACAAGCCACUUCUUUAUGAAAUAGGAUGGGGCAAGAAGCUUUCCUACGUCAUAGCAUUUUCAAAAGAUGAGGUAGGGCAUAAAAGAAAAAAACUUUUUUCCAAAAAUAAAAUACAAUAUUCCCCUAAUCUUAACAACUUUUUUAAAAAACAUGAAUUACAGAGGCAACUGUUUUUGUCAGAAAACAGAAGGAAAGAACUUCUCCAGAGGAUAAUUGUGGAGCUUGUUGAAUUUAUAUCUCCCAAAACCCCUAAACCUGGAGAACUUGGGGGAAGAAUAUCUGGGUCAGUGGCUUGGAGAGUAGCCCGAGGUGAAAUGGGUCUACAGAGAAAAGAAACCUCGUUUAUUCCCUCUGAAAAUGAGAAGAUUUCUAAACAGCUCCACCUUUGUUAUAAUAUUGUGAAAGAUCGUUAUGUUCGAGUUUCAAAUAACAAUCAAACCAUUUCUGGAUGGGAGAAUGGUGUGUGGAAAAUGGAAUCUAUAUUCAGAAAAGUUGAAACAGACUGGCACAUGGUAUAUUUGGCCCGAAAGGAAGGAUCAUCUUUUGCUUAUAUUUCCUGGAAGUUUGAGUGUGGGUCGGUUGGCCUAAAAAUCGAUAGCAUUUCUAUUAAAACAACUAGUCAAACUUUUCAAACUGGAACAAUAGAAUGGAAAUUGCGAUCUGAUACAGCACGAGUAGAACUGACAGGCGAUAACAAUCUUCACUCCUAUGCUGAUUUUUCUGGUGCCACUGAAGUUAUUUUGGAAGCAGAAUUAAGCAGAGGAGAUGGUGAUGUCGCUUGGCAACACACCCAGCUGUUUAGACAAAGCUUAAAUGACCAUGAAGAAAAUUGUUUGGAGAUAAUUAUAAAAUUUAGUGACCUUUGAGAUCCUGAACAUUAUAGAAAAGCUAGCAAUAAUCAAGGACUUACUAAAGUAGUCUGUUGGUUCAGUGCAUGCUUAGUUGGCAGUUACCACCCUGUGCUAGCAUAUUUCUUUUGCUAGCUAUCCAUGUAACCCUCAUGAAAAUUAUCUUUAUACUGUGGACUAUAAUAAAAUAUUGAAUUAAAAACUUUCUUCCAUAUGUGACUAUAA